AACCUUGUUCCGCAUUGGGCAUUGAAUCAGCCACAUACCGUCAUCUCCAACAACAGACACUCGACAGCGACAGCGAAGCUGGAAUGACUCUCGGGGCUUUGAUUCGGUUUGUCUUGGGCUCUUGUUCCCGGCUGGGCUGAAGCACUCUAGUGACAUCACCACUUGAAGACGCAAGUCAUCCAGACAUGCUCUACUAGGCAAAGACGCAGAUGAGCCAACACAUUCCGGGGCACCUCGCCCUGUCCAGCCGUCGACGACACCCUCGGCGGCCCCGGAUGGUGUGAUUUAUUCGUCACCAGUCCUCGCCAUCACCAGUCUUGUCUUGUCGCGACGCAACCCUCGUUUUCUGCCAAGACACGACACGGAUGAGUCGAACACCAGCACACAAACAUGAAAGAAGCCAUCGUCCACCCUGGCGGCAAGGUCGUCAUUGAAGACCAUCCCAUUCCCCAACCAGGACACAACGAGCUCUUGGUGAGGGUCAUCAUUGCCGGGACGAACCAGAAAGACUGGAAGUUUCCCUUUCUGGAGGACACACCACACAAUGCCGGCGAUGAUGUCGCUGGUGUCGUGGAGGCCAUUGGCGACGGGGUAUGGGAGUUUCGCCCUGGCGAUCGUGUCGCGGGACUACAUGCGUUUCCUGAACCUGGCGGUGCCUAUGCGGAGUAUGCGAUCUUGCCCGCGCAUCAGACGUUUCGACUCCCAGACAUAGUCUCCUUCGAGGAGGGCGCAACAGUGCCAUUGACUGCUCUCGGAGCUGCCUUUGCGUUGUACCACAACCUGCAACUACCGACGUCCUGGCAACGGCCCCCCGACAAACCGACGCCUCUCCUCGUGUACGGCGCAUCGACAGCCGUAGGCGCCUACGCCAUCAAACUCGCCAUCGCUUCGAGCAUUCACCCCAUCGUCGCGAUCGGGAGCGAGCACAGCUGCUUUGUGAGGAAACAUCUACGGUCAGAGGAAGGCGAUGCUUUCCUCGACUACACGGCGUUCGAGAACCCCUCCGAUCUCGUUGAGGCGAUCCAGCAGGCCUUUCGCGAUGCUGGGGUCGCAGACGGCCGACCGGGCCACGCGAUCGACGCCGUGUCAAUCCCGGGUACAUUUGACCAUGUGGUAGCCCAGAGCAUGGCCGGGGCGCCGAUUGACGGACAGAGGCCGCGCAUGGCGGUCAUGAUGCCCGGGCAUAACUACAGCACCGCCGACACGAGCGUCGAGGUCGUCGAGGUGUACACGGGGCUGGCGCACCAGGGAGGCGACGUCGGCAAGCGCUUCGCCUACACGGUUUGUCGCCUGUUCGCCAUGGGGUUGGCCGAGGGCUGGCUGGCGCCGCACCCGUUUGAGGUUCGCGAGGAGGGGCUCGAGGCGUUGGAGGGUGUCUUGCAGGAUUCUAUGAGCGGCAAGAUCCACGCCAAGAAGAUCUUGUUGCGGGUUGGGAAGGUUGAGCAAUAAUUGGAGUGAUACCACGUCAGCUGAAUAUGACGAGCGAAUGUGUUGAUCAACGUCUCCGUCCCGUUCGGUAGUUGAAGGUCGGCUCCACGACCGGGCGUCUGAGUGCCGCGAGGGUUAUUAGAAGCGAGUGCCUGUCCUCGGGAACGCAGACGUCCGCGCCGACGAAACGGCGGGCCUUAGCAACAGCCCGAGAGCCCGUGGAGAGCACAAAGUAUAAGUGAGUCCUGUGCGCCUCGCCAAGAAGCAGACGUGGGCGAUGAGGUACGCGUGCAUCCCGAAUACGACGGGACACGCGAAACCGUAGAUCUCAACCCCAAUAUCCACCUCCCUGCGACUGGUAUCC